CCACCCGUGAGAGUAUAUAUACUGUUGAAAUUUCCAAUUAUGCUCUAUUUGUAACCUUACUUUAAAGUACCUUCGAUUUAUGUCCUGAUUUUCACUUUCAUCUCCCUAAUUUAUAGUAAUAAUAUAUUUAUAGGAGGCCAAAAUCUCAACUUCCUUCAAUAUAGGAAAAAGAAAAGCAACUCUGUGGACAAAAUGUGGGUGAACACUAGUUCUCUUAACAAUGAAGAGAUUGUUCUUCUACAAGAAGAGGAGGAAGAAGAAGAGGAAACAUUAUCACUCUGUGAUUUGCCUAACAAUGAAGAGAAUUACCAAACAAGAAAAUUAGAAUCUCCUCGUGGAAGUGUAACACAAGAAGACUUUAAUUUCUGCUCUUUCUUAAGAAAUUCAGCAUUAAUGUGCACUGCAGAUGAAGUUUUCUUCCAAGGCCAAAUUUUACCUCUAGGUCAUUCAAAUAACUCGUCAAGUGAUAGCCAGGACACCGAUGCUAGGGGUGGAGAUACAUGUAAUGAAGCGAGUUCAACUGAAUACUCUUCGUCGGAAAAUCAUACCUUGCAAUUAAGGACAGAGUCCAUGGUACAUUGUUCCUCGUACAAGCCUUGGAUUCGAAAUCAGUUUCAUUCUCAACCAAGUCCGACAGCCCAGGUUCGAUUUUCAAAGAUAACACACAGAAACAUCAAUAGUUACAAUCGAAAGUCGACAAUAUGGAGCCUUUUUCGUGUUGGAUUGGUGACAACACCAGAAAUUGCAUUACAAGACCUCAAAAUUCGAUGCAACAAGAAUUUCGACGUUAGUCGAAAUAGUACGAGCAGUAAUAGCAGCAGUUCGAGCAAUGAUGAUAAAAUGAGGAUUAAACUAAGCAAGAAAAAGAAACAGAGGAUAUUUGAAAGGAAAAGGGUAUUUCUGGGAAGCUGCAAAUCUUCAGUAAAUGCAGUUGAACUAGUUCCUUCAAAAGUUGUUACCAUAAACAGAGGCAGCACCAAUUGUAAUGAGGUGAAAAGGAAGACAAAACAGAAAAUAUCAAGUCAUCAAACGUUUGAAUGGUUAAAGCAACUUUCACUUGAAAAUCCAGCAGAAGAAACAUAAAGAUCCAAAAAUUGAUUUUUUUUUUUUUUUGGUUUCUCGAUGCCAGGUAUUCGUUUUGAGGUCUAGACUAAAUUCACAUAAUCACUA